AAUUUUUCGUUCGUAGACUUCGUGGAUCCAAACUCGGUAAAGAAAAGGAUUGGUUCGAUUGAAUCAUACUGAAAAUCUACUUGAGUCAAGAAUUUACUGUGAUAAUCUCUUUCAUCGGUUGUUUAAACUGUGAUUACGAAUAUUCGACCCAACUAAGCAUUACAUUGCUCAGACAAGAAACAAUGACAAGUCAACAACAUCUUGAAUUUGAGGAGGCGAUUACUUGUCCAGUUUGUUUAUCACGUUUCGACGAAGACGAAAAGAAGCCCAAAUAUCUCGUCUCUUGCUGUCACACAGUGUGUAGAUUCUGUCUGGAGAGGAUUUCUCGUUGUAGAACACUCAAACGUGUCACCUGCCCAAUUUGUCGUUGCCCAACGAACUGUUCAGCCGGCAUUGAUAGCCUUCCAACCAACAGUGAUAAGCUGUAUCUUUUGAAAUUAGAACAACCUUUACAUAAAAACGAUGAUGAGGCCCUAAAUUGGUGUUUUACAUGCCGAAAAAGAACAUCUCCGAAUUGUUCCACUGAGAAGCAUUCAGUUAUUGUCAUGAACCCGCAGCUUCUUAAUAGCAAUAUCCAGCUUAACGUGGAAUCAAUAUCUGCUCGCCUUAGGGCGUGUGACCAAGCCGUUUUACAAAAUCGGAUUCAAAUUGGCCUAAAGCUGGACCAAAUGAGCAUUUGGCUAUCUGCUCACCAAGAAAUGAUAGAGCAACUACGAACAGCCAAUGCUUCACGCAUUUCUCACCUAAGUGGCAUAAUGGGAGUAUCUGAUAUCACUAUCAGCAUACAGAAGCUGAUGCAACUUUCCAUCAACAAAGAAGGCGACCUUGGAUUGUUAACCGAUAGCUUGCAAGAGGAGGCCGUUACGAAAAAAUUACUUGAAGAAUUUGGGGCCGUGGAAAAAACAGCUGAAGUCACCAAUAUGGGUUGGUUCAAUACGCGUCUUGACUUGCCUUGUGUACCACACCUUCGCAAAGAACUUGAUUUCAACAAUUUCUUCGGAAACGACAAAAACAUUCCUAAAUGGCCAACUGUUUUACUUGACUGCUUGCUCGCAAAAGAUCAAAAUGGUCCUAUACCUACCAAGAAUCCUUUUCGAUUAGGCACUGCAGAGGGGCGUCCUUCUUUUGAAUUGCAUCAGAGAGAAAGCCGGUAUUUUUCACUCCAACAAAAUGCAUCCGCUGCCACUAAUGCCUCUUCAGCCAGCACAAACACAAGAUCAUCUACAGAAAUUGUUUUGCCAAAUGUUUUCCGAUUGGGAACCGAUGGUAGUCCUGCUGCAUCCACGUCUCAGUCACCUCAUAGUGGAACAAGAGAUUUCAUUUUGGCCCGCAGGAGACGGCGGUUCAACAAUAACUCACAAAACCAUUAAUGUUUUAGGAUAUACGCUCGUUUGAAAUUGUCCAGGUUAUGAAAGCGGAAGGAGCCGAUUUCUUUCUUUUAAAAUUAUCAUUGUUUUUUUUUUUUUAAGUGAAUACGUCUUUAUUUAUAAUUGGAAUACACACAGCUCGCUUUUCUUAUUUCUCAA